UACAUUAUGAUACGAAGUUUGAUAGAAUACGCAGUUGAAGUCGCGCAAUUUUGAUGGAAAUGACAAAGAUAGCUGUAUACAGGAAUUGGUAGCAGUUAAAAUGUUCCAACGGUCAAGAAAUUGGGUGGCAGAAACUGUGUGGAAGCCUAAAAGCACACACUCCCUUGAAAAGUUGAAAUAUCUACAUUUUGUGCUGACCAAAAAUAGUGUUGUUACAGACAGCAAUAAGAGCUUAUUGGUUGAGACGUUGAGGUCAAUAGCAGAGAUUUUGAUAUGGGGUGAUCAGAACGACUCUUCUGUCUUUGACUUUUUCCUUGAAAAGAAUAUGCUGUUGUUUUUCUUGAAAAUAAUGACACAAGACUCGGGAACAUACGUGACAGUACAGUUGUUGCAGACACUGAAUAUUCUGUUUGAGAAUAUCAGGCAUGAGACGUCUCUUUAUUUUCUACUUUCAAACAACCAUGUUAACUCGAUAAUUGUGCACAAGUUUGAUUUCUCAAACGAAGAGGUUUUGGCCUAUUAUAUAUCGUUUUUGAAAACAUUGUCAUUAAAGCUGAAUCAGCACACUGUCAACUUUUAUUUCAACGAGCGGAAGAAUGAUUUCCCACUCUACACUGAAGGCAUAAAGUUUUUUAACCAUCCAGAAAGUAUGGUCAGGAUUGCUGUUAGAACCUUGACCCUCAAUAUUUACAAAGUUGGUCACGAGGGCAUGUUGAAUUUCAUAUGCGAUAAAACAGCUGAUCCAUAUUUUUCAAACCUGGUGUGGUUUAUUGGAAAACAUGCGAUCGAAUUGGAUGAUUGUGUUACAAAGGAAUCUGAUCACCUUAAGUGUGAAACACUGAAAAUGCACGUGGCAGACCAUCUAGAUAACUUGCAUUACCUCCACGAUAUCUUGUGCUUGGGCAUCGAAAGACUAAAUGUAAUCCUGACAGAUAACAUGCUGAACAAGCUUCUCAUCCCUCUUUACGUCUACUCGCUACCUCCAGAUGAUCUAAAUUCAAAGGAAAAGUAUAUCAGGAUCAGAAUAAGCAGACUGGUGUCACUAUUCCUACUUUCCCAGCAUUUGCUCAUUAUGAAUCACGGCCCUUUGGUAUCAAACCUUGUUGACGUCAUACUCCACGACGAAGACGAAACUCAGAUUCAGCAAAUAUCCAGCUUUGCUUCACCAUCGACCAAACAGAGUGUUUCAAGUACGCCGCGAGGCAGUCCGGGUGUCCGUGCGUUCAUUCCUCCGCCGGACAGCUUAGAAUCGCAGCUAGAGGCGUCGGGGAUCAUCAAGGACAAUUACAAUUUAAUGCAGAAAUUGCAGUAUUUGUCGAAAGAUCGAAAGAAAAAGGCCUCAACUUUUUACGUCACAGAUGGAGAUUUCAAACGGCUGGAAGAAAACAGCAAAGAAAAAGCAGCGGAGGAGACAAAAAUACCAAAAGACAAUAGUAGAUCGCUUGACCAAUCAGAGAGCGAGUCAGAAAGCGUUACUGAUGUUGCUUCACAGAAUGCAAGUGGAACACAAACACCGCAAGAGCCCCUUCAGCCCGCUUUAACAUCAUCGACACCAGCGAUAUUUGAAGAUCAAAUGAAGGAUUUUGGACCAAUUCGUAGGUCAGGGCCCUUUUUGAAAAACAUUUACUCUGCGUUUGACUGCUCUAAUGGUGACUGCGAGGCCUUAUUCGCAAUCAGCUUCUUCUACGCCUUGCCAAAUGAUGGCAUUGAUAAACAGAUUCUGAAGGCUGCGAAGAUAUCAUUACCAAAGGAAUCAGAUGAAUACAGCGAAGAGUUGAUGGAAAAGCUAAUUUCUAUUUUAGAGCAAGGAGCUAGAGAUGGAUCGAAGGUUCGGUUGGUAACUCUGGAAAUGGCUGUAGUUGUGUUGAAACAGCUGGCUGUGGAUGCGGGAAAGAGCAGGCUGAAAGAUUUCCAUUAUGCUAUGAUAGAAAACGUACGUGAAGCUAGCACUUUUCAGCUAAGGAAUUUCUACAGGGCUGAUGAAGUAUUUCUGGAGAUGUUUGAAUGCGAGUAUCAGCAAGUUUUGAACAAGCCAAUAAAUGUCCAGUAUGUUGUGAUGAAUGCUUCCCUGCUGCUGCCACCAACUAACACACCCCUCACUGGAAUUGAGUUUAACAAGCGGUUGCCUUGUGGUGAAGAGGAGCGCGCUAGGAGGGCGAUACGAGUGUUUUUGCUUAUGCGGGAUUUGUGUCUGACGAUACGCAAUGAACCUGAGAGCAAGCUUCCACUUAACAAAGUUGAAAACCCAGUCAAGGAAGAAGACGUUUUGGAUCUCAAUAACAGCGACUUGAUUGCCUGCACUGUUAUCGUCACCACUAGUCGGCAGCAUCUAAGGCGCUUUCUUGUUAUUGAUGCUAACCAGUUCAUUUUGGUUGAGCCAGAUACGAGUAAACUUGGUUGGGGAGUCGUCAAAUUUGUUGCCCUGUUGCAGGACGUGGAGGCCACACCAGACAAAGAUGACAGUCGAUCUCUCCAGAUCAUCGUACACCGGCCGUUCGCUGCUAGAAACCGCCAAAUUGUAAAUCCAAUACCUUUGCUUACGGCCAGGUUCGUAUUUGAUGACUAUAUACGAUGCAUGUCGGCUCGCCAACGCCUACAAAGACGCUGUGCAACUUUGCGUCAUCGAAAAAUGACCACCCUAGCCAACUUACUUGAGCUGCCAGUCAUGGCGGCCCCUCCCACACACUUCUAUUCGUUAACGCCGUACAACACGGGAACCCAGGGCUACGUAUGGUCACCUUCGACUAGAGGCUACACAAAUCGCGCUGAUGAUACUGGCACUGGCGACUCUGCCUCGAAAUCAAAUAGUCUUACUCCACCGCGGCAGCCACCACAGAAGUCUUUGCCGUUGUCACCUAAACACUCAGAGAUCCUCGAUCAGAAAACAGGAGGCAGCCGAGGCAAAGAUGCUACAAAUAAAACAAGCCCAGCAGUAUUCAGUCCUGAAGCUUACGCUCGACCGAUCAAUCUUGCUACUCCUUUACCGAGAAAUGAAAAGUCCCAGAGAACGCAGGCUGAGUCAUUGGCAUCCGCUUUGGGAGCAAAAUUUGGUACGGAUGAAAUAGCAGCACAGGAGCUAGAUGCUGAAAUGUUUAGCAAUUUAUCGGAGAAAGUUGGGCGCAAGUUGACUGUUGAUGAAGGAGAAGAAAUGAACGAGGAUUGCACCGAUGGCACAUCAGAUAGCGAAUUCUUUUACGAUUGCAAAGACAACAUUUCUGCGUCACAUUCUGACUUAAUCAGAGGAUUAGAUCGCGUUGAACUGAAAGCAUCAACGGAUAAACCAACGAAAUCUGCACCUUCUACGCCUACGGGUAGCAGGAAAAUUGGUAUAAUUGGUCUUUUACGAGGUCGUGUGGCUCAAGAUGACUGUCUAAACGAGGCAAAGUCUUUACCCGCCAUGGCUAUGAAUUUUGCCGAAAAUGAAGUUAAGGAGAAGCAGUCAACAAAAAGGACAAAACCAGCCCCCGAAACGAAAGCGACACAGAAGCCUAGGCCUGCUCGGCCGAAUCGUGUAAAUAGGUCGUCGAAAGGAAAGAGAUAAGAUGUAGUGAUAUAAUUAUUGUAGAAGUACAUAAAUGAAGAAUUUAUGAUACGAUUUCUUUUGAGAAUUCCUAUUUCGAGAAUAGCGAAUUAUUCAAAUGGCUUUUGAUGCCUGUACAAAUUUUGAUUUUAAAAUAGAUAUUUACCCCCAUGAAGAAAAACCGAGAAAUAUUUGCAGCAGAUAUAGGGUGGUAGUUACAUAUCAUCUAAUGCAAGAUGAUUCUGUAUUGUGAAUAAGCUAUCAUUUGCUUCUUUUUGUUCCAUUGAAAUAGUCAAGGUAUUACCAGGUCAUUUGAGACAUCUUAACCAGCUAGUCUAUAUUAACAAUUUUUGUCUUUUAAGAACCUUUAGAUUUCCAUAAACAUCUAUGCUUCUAUCUUAUUUGAUUUUCGUGAUUUUCCUACAAUGUAAACUGUAAUAUGUGCAAGUUUAUCGGUUAAAUAAAGAAUCCUUUUUUGCUAUUG